AUGUUUGCCGGUGCCCCCCCGGGAGCAUGUCCUACACCUGUACCUGGUGCUGUAUCCCCUGCCGCACCUGGCAUCGUGGAAGUCUGCCCUUCCCCUCCAUCUAUUGUGCCCCCUCCCGCCUCAGCAGUACUACCAGCGGGUCUAACCCCCCCUCCGCCUCCCCUUCCAGGCAGGCCGCGCGCAGGCCAGAGGCCUCUUAGGGAAGGAGACUGGGAGUGCGAAGACCCAGCGUGUCUGAAUGUCAAUUUCUCAAAGCGAACGCGAUGCAACAGGUGCGGGAAACCGAGGCCUAAGGGGGUUGGCAGCGGCGGCGGUCCCUCAGGAGGGCCCCCUAUGCGUCAGGGUGACUGGACGUGCGGUCAUUGUGGGAAUUUAAAUUGGGCAAGGCGGACGACAUGCAACAUCUGCAAUGCGCCGAAGCCAUCCGCCUUUGAUGAGCCCCGUAUGGGGAGGGGUGGAGGGCACUUUGACCUUCAGGAUCCGAGUGAUAGGCGGGAGCAUGACUCAGACGAGGAGACGUUCGACGAGUUUGGGAGAAAGAAGAAGCAGAAGAGCAAUAAACAGUACCAGCAGCAGCAACUACACCAACAGCAACAGCAGCAGCAGAAGGCCAUGGAGGAAGAGAGCAUAAAACUUGUUUUCCCCCCCGCCCCUAUAAGGCUUCCAGAGAGCGACGAAAGCGAGGGGUCGGAGGGCGAAACCCGCUCAAGGUCUCCAAGCCCGGAGCAAUGGAAGAGGCGCUCAAGGAGCAGAGAGCGCAGAUCCCGAUCCAGGGAGAGGAGACAUAGGCAUUCCAGGUCUAGGGAAAGAGACAGGCGUUCGCGGUCUCACGAAAGAUCGCGACGGUAG